AUGAGCGGUGCGGACCCUCUAAGACCCUUGACUGAAAUAACUGGCUUAGGUGAAGACGAAGACCGUGCCCUCAUCAUCGAGGUGCCAAGACCGGAUCACGAUUCAGGGACGAUUGUCGGGUCAAAUCUGCUGGAAGUUGUCUGGACGCCAUCGGAAGCUCGUCCCCAGAUUGCUGCUUUUGAUGCCGAGACCCGAACCCUUCAAAUACCUGUGGACUGUGUCUUCUCGCUCGAUGGAUACGUUAAAACUUUGCCUGUGGCUGGCCUCAGUCAGUGGGACCGAAACUGGGCCGACGUCUUUGACAACGAGACCGGGGACGUUCUGGCGUUGUACAGUACAACUCGAGGGAAGCAGUCCACAAUGCAAGCUAAUCUCGGGGUCCCAGGGCCUACAGUUAUGAAAUACUUAUCGGUUGCAGGACACCAACAGUUGAACAAACAAGCAAACAAAGAAACAUACCUGGGGUAG